GUCGCGGAGCACCUGUGAGUUCGCGGAAGUCCUGCUAGAUUCUAGCCCGGCCCAGCCUGGCCAGAGCCGACCUGACCCUCGCCCGGCCCACCAUGGGCCCUCCGUGCCGCAGCCUCUCUGCGCUCCUACUGUUGCUGCUGCUGCAGGUCUCAUCGUGGCUCUGCCAGGAGCCGGAGCCCUGCCGUCCCGGCUUUGGUGCCCAGAGCUACACGUUCACGGUGCCCCGGCGGCACUUGGAGACGGGCCGAGUCCUGGGCAGAGUGAGUUUUGAAGGAUGCACUGGUCGGCCGAGGACGGCCUAUGUUUCUGAUGACACUAGAUUCAACGUGGGCACAGAUGGUGUGGUUACGGUCAAGCGGCCUCUACAACUUCAUAAGCCAGAGAUGAGUUUUCUUGUCCAUGCCUGGGACUCCAGCCGCAGGAAGCUCUCCACCAAAGUUACCGUGAAGGCAGCAGCACACCACCACCGCCACCACGGCCAUCGCCACCGUGAUCAAGAGUCUGUCUCUGGAACCCAGGCAGAAGUGCUCACGUUUCCCAGCUCCCACCAAGGUCUCAGAAGACAGAAGAGAGACUGGGUUAUCCCUCCCAUCAGCUGCCCAGAAAAUGAGAAAGGCCCAUUUCCUAAGAAUCUGGUUCAGAUCAAAUCUAACAGGGACAAAGAAACCAAGGUUUUCUACAGUAUCACUGGCCAGGGAGCUGAUACGCCCCCUGUUGGUGUGUUUAUUAUUGAAAGAGAAACGGGGUGGCUGAAGGUAACGGAGCCUCUGGAUAGAGAAGAAAUUGCGAAGUACAUUCUCUUCUCUCAUGCUGUGUCUUCAAACGGGAAUGCAAUUGAGGACCCGAUGGAGAUUGUGAUCACAGUGACAGAUCAGAAUGACAACAAGCCUGAGUUCACCCAGCAGGUCUUUCAGGGGUCUGUCGUGGAAGGUGCUCUUCCAGGAACCUCCGUGAUGCAGGUCACGGCCACAGAUGCGGAUGAUGACGUGAACACCUACAACGCCGCCAUCGCUUACACCAUCAUCAGCCAAGAACCCACGCUGCCUCACAACAAAAUGUUCACCAUCAACAGGGACACGGGAGUCAUCAGCGUGCUCACCACCGGGCUGGACCGGGAGAGUUUUCCCACGUAUACUCUGGUGGUCCAGGCUGCCGACCUUCAAGGUGAUGGCUUAAGUACCACCGCCACAGCCGUGAUCACAGUCACUGACGCCAACGAUAACCCUCCCGUCUUCAACCCCACAUUGUACGAGGGGCAGGUGCCCGAGAACCAGGCUAACGUCCUAAUCACCAGGCUCAAAGUGACUGAUGCCGAUGUUCCCAACAGCCCAGCAUGGGAGGCCGUGUACACCAUAUUAAAUGAUAAUGAGCAGCAAUUUGUCGUCACCACAGACCCAGUAACAAAUGAAGGCAUUUUGAAAACAGCUAAGGGCUUGGAUUUUGAGGCCAAGCAGCAGUACAAUCUAUUCGUGACUGUGAAGAAUGUGGCCUCCUUUGAGGUCACUCUCUCCACCUCCACAGCCACCGUCACCGUGGACGUGCUGGAUGUGAACGAAGCCCCCAUCUUCGUGCCUCCCCAGAAGAGAGUGGAAGUGCCCGAAGACUUUGGCGUGGGCCUGGAAAUCACAUCCUACACUGCCCGGGAUCCCGACACGUUUAUGGAACAGAAGAUAACGUACCGGAUUUGGAGGGACGCUGCCAACUGGCUAGAGAUUAAUCCGGACACUGGUGCCAUUUCCACUCGGGCUGAGUUGGACAGAGAGGACGUUGAGCACGUGAAGAACAGCACAUACACGGCCCUCAUUAUAGCCACGGACAACGGUUCUCCACUUGCUACUGGAACGGGAACUCUUCUCCUGAUCCUUUCCGAUGUGAAUGACAAUGGCCCCGUACCAGAACCUCGAAAUACGGACUUCUGCCAGAAGGAUCCACAGCCUCGUGUCAUCAAAAUCAUUGAUCCUGAUCUUCCCCCCAACACAUCACCCUUCACAGCAGAACUAACACAUGGGGCAAGUGUUAACUGGACCAUUGAGUACAAUGACCCAGCCCAUGAAUCUCUCAUUUUGAAGCCAAAGAAAGCCUUAGAGUUGGGCGACUACAAAAUAAAUCUCAAGCUCACGGAUAACCAGAACAAAGACCAAGUGACCACCUUAGAUGUGAUUGUGUGUGACUGUGAAGGGGCUGUCAACACCUGUAAGAGGCACAUGCCUUAUGCCGAAGCAGGAUUGCCGGUUUCUGCUGUUCUGGGGAUUCUUGGAGGCAUCCUUGCUUUGCUAAUCCUGAUUCUCCUGCUUCUGCUGUUUCUUCGGAGGAGAGGGGCUGUCAAGGAGCCCUUACUGCCCCCAGAAGAUGACACCCGGGACAACGUCUAUUACUAUGACGAAGAAGGAGGUGGAGAAGAAGACCAGGACUUUGACUUGAGCCAGCUGCACAGGGGCCUGGAUGCUCGGCCCGAAGUGAUUCGCAAUGAUGUGGCGCCAACCAUCAUGAGUGUGCCCCAGUAUCGGCCCCGCCCUGCCAAUCCUGAUGAAAUUGGAAACUUUAUUGAUGAAAACCUGAAGGCAGCUGAUAGUGACCCCACUGCCCCCCCUUACGACUCUCUGCUCGUGUUUGACUAUGAAGGAAGCGGUUCCGAAGCUGCUACUCUGAGCUCCCUGAACUCCUCAGAGUCGGACCAAGACCAGGACUAUGACUACCUGAACGAGUGGGGCAAUCGCUUCAAGAAGCUGGCGGACAUGUAUGGAGGUGGCGAGGACGACUAG